UUUUCUCAUUGUUUUAUACUUAUAUGGCUUUUCUUUAAUCUGUACAUGUAUAUACUUGUGCAGUGGUACUGCAGAAAAGAAGGAGCGAUUUCCAACUACCGCUACUAUUUUCACACAUUUCUCAGGCAGUCACUUUGGAGAAGAAGUCGUUCAUUUUAUUCCUCAAUAUCCUGAACUCUCACUACUUCACUACUUCACUACCUCACAACGACAUAUGAGUUUGGCUGAGGGGACUCUCACACCGGCCUCAGAUAAUUUUUGGAAUAUUACCUCUCACACACCACACAACGAAUAAACGAGUUAUUACGACGUUAUGCCUAAUUUCUUCGGAGGGGUUACUGGAAGAGGUGUUUCGACCCUUUUCGAAAUACGGUAUGCGAAGGAUUAUGUACAAUAUUGCCCCUCCAUCACACACUAAUGCCUUCCAGUCUUGACGAGGAAAUUAUUGUGCUUCGAGGAGGCGAAAAUGAAGCUUCAAGUCAACUGCUCAAGGGAUCGGUAGUCUUGUGUCUGCCAGGUGCUUUGAAAGUUGAAGAUGUACAUCUUCGUAUGACGGGCCAACUGAAAGUUGGGUGAGUCUUUCCAAGUGCGAUUUCCUCAUCUGCGAGUACUGGAAAACUAAUUUUAGAUUUCCAGUUGGAACGAUCAGCGCGCUACGCCUACCGGUAUUUCGAAUAAUCGAGUCGACAAAACUAUGGAAAUUUUUACUCAUAGAUGGGCUCCUUUUGUGGGUGGAGGAGGGCCAGGUUCUUCCUCAAAGGGACUGCUUCUACCAGCAGGAAACUAUGAAUGGCCAUUCGAGCUCGUCAUUCCAGGAUCUAUGUCGGAAAGUGUGGAGGGAUUGAAUGAAACUCACAUCAUUUACAAAUUGAAGGCAACCGUCGCUAGAGGAAAAUUGGCCUACGAUUUACAUGCUUGGAAGCCGGUGCGAAUCGUCCGAACCUUAGAUCCGUCGGCAUUAGAAUUGGCCCAUGCCAUGACAGUCGAGAAUAUCUGGCCCAACAAAAUCGAAUACCAGCUAGUCAUUCCACAAAAGGCUAUCGUCUUUGGUACCGCCAUCACCAUUGAGAUGAGAUUCACCUCCCUACUAAAGGGUUUGAAAAUUGGCAAGAUAAAGUGUCAUUUGAUCGAAGUACAAGAAUUCAUGCUUCCAGGAAAUUCUACCACGUCGGAUAGAUAUUGGAAGCAUUCGAGAGAUGUGGAUGCCUGGACUUUUGAGUUAAACGAAGAAGAGCAUUACCAAGAUAUGCUUGACGAAAGCGGGCAAGAUGGUUACAAGAUGACCGAAUUGAUGCCAUUGCCAAAGAGGUUGAGCAGAUGCAUACAAGAUGUUGACGUCCACGGUAUCAAAAUCCGCCACAAGGUCAAAUUUAACAUUGCGUUACACAAUCCAGAUGGGCAUGUUUCAGAGGUAUUUUGAAUUCUUACCUUAACCUGAUGCAGCAAUACUAAUCGUAAUAGCUCCGCGCAACGUUACCAGUCACAAUUUUCAUUUCCCCCAAUAUGCCUUUGACUGCCGAGGGUGCUCUUGUGGAUCAGACACCAACCAAUAAUGCUCAGUCAGCCGCAGUGUCAGCACACGCGCCUCCUCUUUAUGGAGAGCACGUAUUAGAUCAACUUUACGCUGAUAUGGACCAAUCUGGAAUAAUGACUCCUAUGCCGCAAUCUGGAAUGAACACGCCAUUUUAUGCCCAGUCUCGAGCAGGUUCAUCGGAAAAUCUUGCCUCCAUGGACGCUCCUCAUCCAGCGGGUGCAGUCCCUCCCGCAGCAUUGUCAUCUAGGCUUCAAAGUUUAAACACAAAUUUAAGCGCUAGUCACAGAAAUAGCGGCUUCCUAAGACGAUAUGGAGGAUCUGGCUCCGGAGCAAAUACUCCUCACCCUAACGAUGACCAUCAAGGAAGUUAUUUUGAUUCACAUCACGGCCAUUCUGCGUCUGUAACUGCGAGAAGUAAUCCCCUUAGCAGACGAGGAAGUUUUAACGACGACCAUCAUGCGGAUGCCACUCACACUACCAUGAGCAGUGGAUAUCAUACCCCAGAACAUUUGGAUUACAACGAAAUGGGGGAUUUGACCAAAGUUCCCUCAUAUACCACAGCCCUCAAAACACCUGUGAGAGGAAUGAGUUAUACCGAAGCGCUACCCAAUUAUGAAUCUGCUAUCUCGGCACCCCCAAGUCCUACAUUACUUGCGAGCACUAGCCCAAACACACCUCAUGAGCACUCAUUGGACGCUGGACAUCCUCAUUCGUUUUCACAUUCAAAUUCAAAUUCACACUCACACACAAAUACACAUCCACAUGCAGAUACGCAUAGACAUCACGGACCCGGGUUUUUGAGGAGAAACCCAUUCUCUCAUAUGGGGUUCACACCGUUACAUCCACCAGCACCAGCACACUUAGGCGAGGGGGAUGAAAGAAGAAGACUGCAUCUAUUGCAGCACAGAGAUAGGGUACAUUGAGAGAUGCAAGACUGGAGAAUUUAAUGGAAUAGGCGGCGGGAAUGAAAAGCGUGAUUUCAACAUGAAUUUGGCGCAGCGAAGUCUGGAUACAGAUUUGGUGAAUUGGGAAUUUUUGGGAGGGCGUUGAGAUUGAUACCUUCUGAUGAUACACAGAUAUAGAAAGCGAUGGAUAUUAAAUGGAUGGAAAAUUGGGUGGCGGGGAUGUGUUUAGUAUUAAUAUACUCACCACUCCGGUGGCUUACGAACGAUUUGUUCGUGUUGAAAAUAAAUUCAACAUUUUUCAUAUUUUGAAAACUAUUAUCUUAUGGCUCAAUUGGUUGUGAAGAAAUGAGAGUGGCGAAUUAGCCAAACCUUACAUCAGGAGGCUAAUUGUAGGAGACGACCAUUCGCACACAGGAGUCAUUCCACUCACAUAUUUAAAUUUGUAUUUAUCCAGAUAUCAUCACCUGCAACGAUAGUUUUUCCUUUGGAUGAGGCGCACUAGCUAGAUAUAUGUAACUAUACAAAAA